AAAAAAGUCUCUAUGAUGACAAGUAAUCUUAGAAGUUAGGAUAGUGUUCAAAUGUCUAUGAUGCAAUAGCCAUUUUCUUUCUAAAAUGUUUAUCAUAGUUUUGAUGGUAAUGACUAAAGAAUUAAAGUAAAUUGAAUUAUAAUUAUGUAGAUAAAUCAGCUUCUUAUCGUUUAACAUAAAUUUAUUAAAUGUUUAAACAAUCUUAUUCGACAUUAGAAUAAUAAUAAGAAAGCCAACAUUAAGGUCUUGCCAUAUCAAAAUAAUCAACUAUAUGUAUAAAUUACUAUAAAAUGAAAGAUUAUAUUUUCGGACGAUAAAAUCUUAAAAAAAAUUAAAGUUUAAGAAUCUAAUGAUAGUACUUUCAUGAAUUUUCCAAGAAGCUAAUUUCCUAUGUUACAAUGUAACAGUUUUAAAAAAUUUUAGAUUCACCUUAUCCUUAGUUUUAUACAAAUUAUCCAUAAGAAUAAUUUGCAGCUAUGCAAUACUAAAUAACUAAUCCUAUUUUAUAAUCAUAAGAUAGAUUUUUAGUCUAAACAAGACAAGCUUAAUAAAGUCAGCAUUUUCGAACAUCUGACAUUUAAUUUUUUGGUUCUCAUGAUGAUUCUGAAUCUAUUGAACAAAAGCAAAUCGAAAAAGAUAGUAAAUAAAUGAAAAGUUCUUAUUUUAAACUAAAAAGUAAAAUCAAAAAAGGAAAAGUAAAUGAUACAAAAAACAUUACUAAAAAUUUUUCAAAAGCCAUAAUUAGUUAUAUAAUAUAAAAUAAAGAUAUUGGAUUAAAAAUAAUGAAUUAUGAAUAAUUUGAAGAAUUUGUAACAAUUUUAAAGGAUAAAAAAAAUUAAAUGACAAAUAUUAAAUAACUAAGAGAUCUUUGGGUAGAAACUAAUGAAAUGAAAAGCUAGUAAUUUAAUAAAGCAUUUCGAAUCUUUAGGUAUUUGAUUUUAAAUAACAUAUUUAGUGAAUAUUUCUUAAAAUAGUAAUCAGUAUGUUACAUAUACAAUUCGAGAAUAGCAAAUACAGGAUGGCAUUUAAAAUAUAGAUAUAAUUUACUUCGAGCUUUGAGAGAACCAGAAAAUUUCAAAUAUAUAAAAGACAUAUGAAAAAU